CUUUGUAGUCACAAGGCGCAUCCGGUUCGUGCGUCGACUUAAGAUACAAAAAGGAGAAAGCAGAAAUUCUCACCAGGAGCCGAAAAACCGAGAAAUGAAAUCAGUAGCGGUAAGUGUGUGUUUGUGGGGUUGGUGAUGGCCACAUCGGCCCUGUACGCCUGCACCAAGUGUAACCAGCGGUUCCCGUUCGAGGAGUUGUCGCAGGGCCAGCAGCUCUGCAAGGAGUGUCGGAUCGCGCACCCUAUAGUGAAAUGCACCUUCUGCAGGUCAGAGUUUCAGCAGGAGAGCAAAACCAACACUAUCUGUAAGAAAUGCGCACAGAAUGUCAAACAGUUUGGGACGCCGAAGCCAUGUCAGUACUGUAACAUUAUUGCUGCAUUCAUUGGGACCAAAUGUCAGCGCUGCACCAACUCUGAGAAGAAGUAUGGCCCUCCACAGACCUGCGAACAGUGCAAGCAGCAGUGUGCCUUCGACAGGAAGGACGAGGGAAGGAGAAAGGUGGAUGGGAAGCUCUUGUGUUGGCUCUGCACACUGUCAUAUCGUCGUGUUCUACAGAAAACAAAAGAGCAGCGGAAAGGCCUUGGCUCUUCCCACUCUAACUCUUCCCUCAGCGAGAAGGAACAUCAGAGACACCAUCAUAAUCAUCAGCACCACAGACAUGGAAGUUCGCAUCACAAAAUAAGUGGUACUUUAAGUCCAGAGCAGGAUCAGGGACUGUGGAAGCAGAGCAUUCAGAAGGAAACGCCAAAGAAAAAACCCAAACUAGAGACAAAGCCAUCCAAUGGAGACAGUAGUUCAAUCACUCAGUCAAUGGAUUCUGGAGGCACGGAUAACUUUAUCUUGAUUAGUCAGCUGAAAGAGGAAGUGAUGUCAUUGAAGCGCAUGCUCCAGCAGAGAGACCAGACCAUCCUUGAGAAAGACAGGAAGCUGACGGAGCUGAAGGCAGACUUUCAGUAUCAGGAGUCAAAUAUGCGGGUGAAGAUGAACAACAUGGAGAAAGCACACAAAGAGGCCAUGGAGCAGCAACAGGCGAAGAACAGGGAAUUGAUGAAACAAGUGGCUGCACUCUCGAAAGGCAAGAAGUUUGACCGCAGUAGCAGUUCACUGCUGUUACCAUAGCAAUGACCUCAUGCCAUAACAAUGACCCCUUGCCCCGAUGCGUCAUUACUGUGAGGAAGCUUCACCCUCCAUUGCUCACAGAUUAUCUGUGUGUUGUUUUAUUAUUCUGAUGAUGUCACAUAUGCAAAAAUCUCAAUGUAUUAUUAUAAUUGUUUUAUUUUCUUUAGCUGUUUUCAGCGGUUUUAGUAAUCACAUGUAUUUACAAAACCGAUUUAACUGUAUAGAGCCAUUACAGGAGCCCUGGCUGAACCCAGCCUCAGAUCUCAUAUGCAAAACGUUUCCGAACUUCUGAAAACUGAUUGAAUGGAAGCAGAAGAGCUGUCAACAAAUGUAUGGAAAUGUUAUGAAUUGAACGUGUCAGAUAUGCUGAACAGUUUUUAUAGAUGCUAAAUUCAUCUCUCAAGCUCGCUUCUCUUUUGCUCUCUCUUUCUCUCUCACUCAUGGAAAGACUGUAUCACUGCAUGUCUUACUGCCUGGUCAACUGUGUGGAUUUGUAUAUUAAUUGAUUACUCUUUUGGCUUUGGCUUUGUAUUAGUGAUAUUUCAGAGAUGAGUUUUGCAGGCCUGUAUGAGCCACUGCUGUUUUAGUGAGUGAGGGCUCUAUGUCCCUCUGCCCCCCCCCCC